UGCAGUUAUGUUUUUUAAGUUUUAUCAUGUCUACCAUCGGUUUGUUGUUUUUGAUUUUCGCUGCGGGAACAGCCUUCGUUAUACCCGGAAAAUUUCCUGAUCCUGGUUCCCGAAGAUGUUCCCCAUGCAACCAGCCAAACCAACCAGGCCCAAGCGUCUACAUAAUCAUUAACUCCGAAGAUAUCGGCAGAGCAUCAGCUCUUCCUUAUUUCAGACUUUUGGGCAAUGGUUUCUAUAGUGGCAAUAACAAUGGACCUAAUCCACCAGUAGUGCCAGGUGUAUUAUGCCAACCUAUUAAUAACGGAGGUACUUCUACUGGCAGUACCUCAGAUGCUGGAUCUAACACCGGCACUACGUCUGGAAACAAUGGAUCGACUGGCUAUGCUAAUUCAUAUGGACAAGCUAACAGUGUUGCCACGAAUAACAACGGAGGUACUUCUACUGGCAGUACAUCAGAUGCUGGCUCUAACACCGGCACUACGUCUGGAAACAAUGGAUCGACUGGCUAUGCUAAUUCAUAUGGACAAGCUAACAGUGUUGCCACGAAUAAAAAUGGAGGUACUUCUACUGGCAGUACGUCAAAUGCUGGCUCUAACACCGGCACUACGUCUGGAAAGAAUGGAUCGACUGGCUAUGCUAAUUCAUAUGGACAAGCUAACAGUGUUGCCACGAAUAACAACGGAGGUACUUCUACUGGCAGUACAUCAGAUGCUGGCUCUAACACCGGCACUACGUCUGGAAACAAUGGAUCGACUGGCUAUGCUAAUUCAUAUGGACAAGCUAACAGUGUUGCCACGAAUAAAAAUGGAGGUACUUCUUCUGGCAGUACGUCAAAUGCUGGCUCUAACACCGGCACUACGUCUGGAAACAAUGGAUCGACUGGCUAUGCUAAUUCAUAUGGACAAGCUAACAGUGUUGCCACGAAUAACAACGGAGGUACUUCUACUGGCAGUACAUCAGAUGCUGGCUCUAACACCGGCACUACGUCUGGAAACAAUGGAUCGACUGGCUAUGCUAAUUCAUAUGGACAAGCUAACAGUGUUGCCACGAAUAAAAAUGGAGGUACUUCUACUGGCAGUACGUCAAAUGCUGGCUCUAACACCGGCACUACGUCUGGAAAGAAUGGAUCGACUGGCUAUGCUAAUUCAUAUGGACAAGCUAACAGUGUUGCCACGAAUAAAAAUGGAGGUACUUCUACUGGCAGUACGUCAAAUGCUGGCUCUAACACCGGCACUACGUCUGGAAACAAUGGAUCGACUGGCUAUGCUAAUUCAUAUGGACAAGCUAUCAGUGUUGCCACGAAUAACAACGGAGGCACUUCUACUGGCAGUACAUCAGAUGCUGGCUCUAACACCGGAACUACGUCUGGAAACAAUGGAUCGACUGGCUAUGCUAAUUCAUAUGGACAAGCUAACAGUGUUGCAAUGAAUAAAAAUGGUGGUACUUCUACUGGUAGUACGUCAAAUGCUGGCUCUAACACCGGCACUACGUCUGGAAACAAUGGAUCGACUAGCUAUGCUUAUUCAUAUGGACAAGCUAACAGUGUUGCCACGAAUAACAACGGAGGCACUUCUACUGGCAGUACAUCAGAUGCUGGCUCUAACACCGGCACUACGUCUGGAAACAAUGGAUCGACUGGCUAUGCUAAUUCAUAUGGACAAGCUAACAGUGUUGCAACGAAUAAAAAUGGAGGUACUUCUACUGGCAGUACAUCAGAUGCUGGCUCUAACACCGGCACUACGUCUGGAAACAAUGGAUCGACUGGCUAUGCUAAUUCAUAUGGACAAGCUAACAGUGUUGCCACGAAUAAAAAUGGAGAUACUUCUACUGGCAGUACGUCAAAUGCUGGCUCUAACACCGGCACUACGUCUGGAAACAAUGGAUCGACUGGCUAUGCUAAUUCAUAUGGACAAGCUAACAGUGUUGCCACGAAGAACAACGGAGGUACUUCUACUGGCAAUACGUCAAAUGCUGGCUCUAACACCGGCACUACGUCUGGAAACAAUGGAUCGACUGGCUAUGCUAAUUCAUAUGGACAAGCUAACAGUGUUGCAACGAAUAAAAAUGGAGGUACUUCUACUGGUAGUACGUCAAAUGCUGGCUCUAACACCGGCACUACGUCUGGAAACAAUGGAUCGACUGGCUAUGCUUAUUCAUAUGGACAAGCUAACAGUGUUGCCACGAAUAACAACGGAGGCACUUCUACUGGCAGUACAUCAGAUGCUAGCUCUAACACCGGCACUACGUCUGGAAACAAUGGAUCGACUGGCUAUGCUAAUUCAUAUGGACAAGCUAACAGUGUUGCAACGAAUAAAAAUGGAGGUACUUCUACUGGCAGUACAUCAGAUGCUGGCUCUAACACCGGCACUACGUCUGGAAACAAUGGAUCGACUGGCUAUGCUAAUUCAUAUGGACAAGCUUACAGUGUUGCCACGAAUAAAAAUGGAGAUACUUCUACUGGCAGUACGUCAAAUGCUGGCUCUAACACCGGCACUACGUCUGGAAACAAUGGAUCGACUGGCUAUGCUAAUUCAUAUGGACAAGCUAACAGUGUUGCCACGAAUAAAAACGGAGAUACUUCUAUUGGCAGUACGUCAAAUGCUGGCUCUAACACCGGCACUACGUCUGGAAACAAUGGAUCGACUGGCUAUGCUAAUUCAUAUGGACAAGCUAACAGUGUUGCCACGAAUAAAAAUGGAGGUACUUCUACUGGCAGUACAUCAGAUGCUGGCUCUAACACCGGCACUACGUCUGAAAACAAUGGAUCGAAUGGCUAUGCUAAUUCAUAUGGACAAGCUAACAGUGUUGCCACGAAUAACAACGGAGGCACUUCUACUGGCAGUACAUCAGAUGCUGGCUCUAACACCGGCACUACGUCUGGAAACAAUGGAUCGACUGGCUAUGCUAAUUCAUAUGGACAAGCUAACAGUGUUGCCACGAAUAAAAAUGGAGAUACUUCUACUGGCAGUACGUCAAAUGCUGGCUCUAACACCGGCACUACGUCUGGAAACAAUGGAUCGACUGGCUAUGCUAAUUCAUAUGGACAAGCUAACAGUGUUGCCACGAAUAAAAACGGAGAUACUUCUACUGGCAGUACGUCAAAUGCUGGCUCUAACACCGGCACUACGUCUGGAAACAAUGGAUCGACUGGCUAUGCUAAUUCAUAUGGACAAGCUAACAGUGUUGCCACGAAUAAAAAUGGAGAUACUUCUACUGGCAGUACGUCAAAUGCUGGCUCUAACACCGGCACUACGUCUGGAAACAAUGGAUCGACUGGCUAUGCUAAUUCAUAUGGACAAGCUAACAGUGUUGCCACGAAUAAAAAUGGAGGUACUUCUACUGGCAGUACGUCAGAUGCUGGCUCUAACACUGGCACUACAUCUGGAUCUAAUUUUAAUAAUAACAAUGACUUUACAAAUAAUGGGAAUAAAGGCGAUUUUAAUAAUGGACACUACACUUACUAUGAUGAAGCUAACAAUGCCCAAAGUGCAUCAGAUAGUUUAAAUAAUGAGACAAAUGAACAAUUUUAUUCAAAAAAUCAAAAUGGUGUCGUCCAAUACAAUUCACAGUCAGCGGACAGUAAGGCAGCAACUUCUUCUAACUCCAAUACUUAUCAAGCUGGCCAGACUAGCGACGGUAGUUCCUUCUAUAAUUAUUCAAACAGCGACAGUUCAAGUAAUAGCUAUAGUCAUUCAAAUGGCUAUAAUUACUCUUAUCAACAGUAGGUCAAUUGUCAACAUGACAAUUCAAAAGCGGUAGCUGUCGAAAUUUAUUAUAUUUAUAUAAUUUAAAACAAUCAUAAAAAUUUAACACGUAUAUAAAUAUAAA